CAGUAUGAUUUUGAAGUGCGGAGUAGUCGGUCGCAUGCGAGGUGUUUUUAGAGUUGUUUUCUUCAAUUUUCAUCAAUCACUUCGGAAUGAAUAGUUCCUUCUCUAUUUCUUUCCAUCUUCCGACUCGGGUGACGUUACUUUGUACGCCGUAACAUCGGACACUUGUUAUUUUCUUUUUUCUUUAAUCUUUCGACCGAAGUGAAUCUGAAAUCAUUAUUGCCACUAGGUAGUCUUUUCAGGCAGCUUAUCAAACUCCGUUCAAAGGGUAGAACGGUUCGCGUAUACUUUCCGCGUUUCGUACCGGCAGCGUUCUUUUGAACGGGUGUGUCAAGUACUUCGGGGCGUUCGAACAACGGCUAUUGUUACAUUUUCCAACGAGACUUGAAAUUCUCAAGGGCCAGAAAGCGGCCACUACGAAUCGCGAACGCUUCGGAAAAUGGUCUUGGAAUUUCUCAGAAAGUAUUAUGUGCAGAGAUCGGAUUGUUCCCGAAUCGAUUAGGAUAUCUGUUAAUAUUUGUUGUCAGGAUAGUCAACGACACGCUAAUUACAUGAUUUCCAUAUAUUCUACUAGAUUAGCCCGAUGAAACUCCAAUUGAAACUGUAUAAUAUUGUCGAGAAGGUCGAAAUGACUUACGGUUGACGAGUCGCCACUUGAACGGACGUAUCAUCCACCGCUGGUGGACCAGAUAAGGACGGGGGCAGGAUGAGGUUUCGAGUUGUUUCACGGUUUCUGAUAUUCUUUGUCAUCGUAUCACCGGUACUUCCAUCGCCCGAGGGUUGGGUAUCUCCGAAAUGUACCUUGCGGAUACGCGAACAACGAACCCGACAAGUUCCCUACACCGAGAGCUACCAGGAACAUUUAUGGGGUAACGCUUAUCGCAUGCAGUGGCGCACGAAAUACAGAACCGAGAACUAUACGGUUGUUAGCGACGAAAUAGUUUGCUGCAAGGGAUACGACACCGUCGACGAAUUUUGCAAACCUCAUUGCACGUCGACCUGCGAAAACGGUCACUGCGCGAAGCCGUUUACCUGCGAAUGCAACCCCGGUUUUCAUCCGUUGCCACACGACUCCGAGAAGUGCGUACCGAUAUGUCGAGAGCCGUGCGUCAAUGGAAAGUGCGUUGCCGAUUCGAAAUGUCAUCGCGGUGUCUGUUCGGCGGCGAAUUAUUGCGAGUGCGACGAUGGAUACGAAAAAAAUGAGCACGACGUGUGCGUUCCAGUUUGCAACAAAAAUUGCGAAAACGGAGAAUGUAUCACGGUGGAGACUUGCGAUUGCGUCGCCGGUUAUGAAAAGAACAGUGAUAACUUGCAAUGUCUCCCCAUAUGCAGCAAAACGUGCGAAAACGGGGUCUGCGUGGCUCCCGAUAUCUGUGCUUGUUACGAAGGCUGGAAAUUGGCAAAAGACAAUCACAUCUGCGAACCUUUGUGCAAUAACUGCGGGAACGGCACCUGCAUUUCGCCCGGAAACUGCCUUUGCUACGAAGGUUUCGUCAAGGACAAAGUCGACGGUGGAACGUGCCUACCCGUGUGCGAACAGGAGUGCGUCAACGGCGUUUGUUCGAUCGGAGGAUGUUCCUGCGAUAUCGGAUGGAGUGGAGAAUCCUGCGAAGAAGCUACUCUGUGCGACAUUAUCGAACCUGUUGACAGAAGCGUUCCCGUUACACCAAGGUUACCGGAAGUGGCGAACGCACCUGACGGUCAACAGAUCGUAUGGAAAGGGCCUACGUGUCACCUGGACUGCAUAAAAGUACUGGACACUCUGAAAAUCAAAUUUACGCAGAGUAGCAAAUUCUUCAAUCAACAUUUCGUCCCUAUUGAAUCUUCUUGCAACGGUGCUUCGACCGGAUUGAUAUUUCCAAAAAAAUAUGUCGUUCCUGCGGGAGCGCUAAUUGGACUUGCAACGGGUACUUCAGCGAUCGCAGCUAUUAUCAUGCGAAAAAGACGAAUGCUGAAAAGCAAACUGGAAAUUUCAGCUCGAUCAUCGCAGUGCGGUUCCGCCGAUGACUACAACGAGCAGACCGACAAAAAUUUUAUUAGAAUGAAGUACAGAUUACACAAUCGUGACGAAUCUUUUCCGUACGGGUCUUCAUUUUUCCCGCAUGGUUCGGAAAUAAUUUGAAAAUCGACAGUGAUUCGUCUUUUUGUGAUAAUAUUCGCCAAUUUCAUGCACUCUUCUCAGUCACAUUCAAUUAAAUACCUGUAAGGACACUAACGACAAAA